UUUUUUAACUCUCACUGUGCCUCUGGAAGCUUUCUGAUGCAGGUCCUGGUGCUGGUUCCUUCUGCAACCUACUUUUUUUCCUCAAAGCCUUUCCCACUCCACUGGCAGCCAGAUAAAGCCAAAUCUGGCACCACGAUCUGUGCCUUAAGGACCCUCCACCUUUGAAGGAAUCGGAGUAACUGCUCCCUGACUUGGGGCUGCUGCUGGGAGAUUCCUGUAUUGGGAAGGCAGAACUCAUGUCACCAAAGUACCUUCAGUUAUUACUAGCAUGGGGUCCAGACAUUUCUGGGCUUGUGAGACUCACUGCUCUGAUUGGUCUGGGGGGUGGUGGUGUGGAUCAGCCUCACAAUUACCUCUCUGAGGCAUUACCUCAUGUCACACUUCAGCAUCUGUUUGGCCAAUAAGACUGCAGUACUCCCACCAGCCUCCCCUGCCUGGGCCUUAACUGAUGUCACAAUUGAACCUGCAGAUAUUAACCUGGUCUCAGCAGCUCACAGACCAGAUGGUAAGGUCAAGAGGACAAGCACAGUAAAAUGUGGAAGAGAAAUGGCCAUCAACCCCAGAUCAAAGCAGGGGAUGGACUUCUGCUGGACAGGUUGUUGGCCCCUGCCACGCCAUACCCUCUAGAGCUGUCAGAAUUCCAGAGCUUCCCAGUGUUCCAGGGCAUCAGCUAUCACCUCAGAGAAGAGGGGGCCCAACUGGUGAAGAAAGUCAAUGCCAUCUUUUAGCUGGACAUCACCAAAGAUGGGAAGACCAUUCUGAAGUGGACCAUUGAUCUGAAGAAUGAUUCUGGGGACAUGUAUCCGGGAUCUGCCAGCCUCCUGGCAGACACUCUCUUCACAAUCCCAGAGCCUAUCUUAAUGGAGCUAGUUUUGGGCAAAACAAACCCUCAGAAAGCUUUCCUUGCUGGUAAGUUCAAAGUGAGUGGCAAAGGUCUCUUGGAGAGGGUUUUUAAAGACUGGGCUAAAUUUUAAGCAUGCAGAAAUACCAGGGAAAUGAUCAGGAUUUCUCUCCAGUUAUAAUGUUGAGUGAAAAUUAUGCUUAAUCUGAAGAUUUAACCAAAAAAUAUCCAAUAUUUUUGCUUAAAUCCUUCCUAUUGAAGUUUGAAUAAUUUUCCUGCUGAUGUGUAAAUUUGCAGCAAGGAUUCUAGAGCAGCAAAGAGUGUUGGAGUGUAUCACCUAAAACCUUUGUCUUUUUCUUGUCUUAGAUUCAUUUAUGCCAUAAUAUGCUAGGGUGAAGAUCACAAGGAGAGAAGUGGGUGACUGACAGUUGGAUUUAAAAGCUCCAGUGAUUGAAUUCCUAAGGAUUUGUUUUUUUGUUUUGUUUUGUUUGACUCUUAGUUUGGUGCUUUGGGGGAGACAAGUGGUAACCAUCAUUGUGCAGGUUUGUAUUCUAGUCGGUAACUUGGUUCUUCAAGGAGACUUUAUGUUUCCAGAGCUCUAAGAAGGUGGGCUUCACAGCUGUGGGUGGAACAGGCAAUAGAGGGGGUGAGCAAUUGGUAUUAUGGCUUCUGAUGCCCUGAAUUCCAGGAGAGUCCAAGGGCUUGAGAGGUUCUAGGCUACAUCACAGCACCUGGAAGGCUGGUGAAAGCUCGGAUUGCUUGGCUCCACCUCAGGGUUUCAACUUUGUAGGUCUGGGCAGGGAGAAUGGGCAUUUCUAACAAGUUUCCAGGUGCUGCUGGUGGGACCACCCUUGGAAAACCCUGCUGUAGUCCGUGCUGUAGCUUUCAGUAUUGACUGUGACUAUUCUCUAGACCAAUGAGUGUCGCCAUUAUCUCCUGGAGAUCUCCUCCCUCUUUUGAGCCAUUUCUGAAGUCAGGAGUUUGUGCACUGAGCAUUGUACAAAAUCAGAGGUUAUCCUGGGAGAUUUUCCCUUCUGGGAGCCCUCUCCACACAUUAGGAGGACUAGAAUGAAGCUGGCUGCAGCCUGAUGUGACCUCCUUAUGGGUGGGUUUAGGUCAUUUGUUCCCUUGUGAGCUGUGUGUACUUAUAUCUUAUAGGUUAAAUAUACACAGUGUGGACACCCUGAAACCCAUUUGGAAGUUUAAUUAAGCAGCCAUGCUUGACCAGCUAUUCCAUUCCUAGGUAUUUUCCCAAGAGGAAAGAAAGGAUGUGUACACAUGGAAAAAUGUGUACAUGAAUGGUCAUGGCAGCUGUAUUUGUGACAGUCCCAAAUUUAAAUAAGAGAGCUGUCCAUCAGUAGGUGAAUGGAUAAACAAAUCAUGGUAUGUCAUACCCUGGAAUACUACUUAGCAGUAAAAAGGAAUGAAUUAUUGAUGU